CCCACUUUAAUCAAGCUUUUAAACUUAAUGCAUUUUAAUUUUAUUCUUGAUGAUUGUGUAGAAAUUGUUCAAGGUUAACGGUACCUUCUCUAAUGGCGCGAAGAGAUGGCUGAUCGCGACGUUUAACCGGAACUUACUAGUGAACUACCGGAGUAAAUUAGGGAAGAAAAGCUUAACCUUAUUCAAGAGUCUUACUCUGAGUCAACAUUUGACGACAAAACUUGGCCAUAUUUAAAUUUCUGUGAUAUCAAUUUUAAAAAGAGAACAAUAAAUUUAGCAGUAUGUGUACAAAACAUCUUAUCUUUUAUGUGCAUUGUGAUUAUAAUAAUGUAAAGAUUCCUAGCCAGCUGCUUGGCUUAACUCUAUAUCUGCUACUAUUAUCUUGUUUUGAAAGUGCUAUUUUUGUUUUACCUGCUAAAUAUUCCAGCUAUUGUUUACUAAAACAAUAAGCACACGGACAGGAAAGGAAUUUAUAUAUUCCUACUUGAUUCCGUUUUCAUUGUAUUUAAAGGUUUUGAUUUUGAUAAGCAACAAAUUACGGAAUGGCGAUUCAAGCGUGUUUCUUGAUUAUAGUAGCAAGCAUUUUAUGCUUGAGUGUGGAAUCCAAGUAUAUGGUAUAUAAUACCACAGCAGGCAUUGUUUCUGGGAAGAUUAAUGUUCACUUGGUGCCUCACACACAUGAUGAUGUUGGGUGGUUAAAGACUAUUGAUCAGUACUAUGUUGGAUCUAACAAUUCGAUUCAGGGAGCAUGUGUACAAAAUGUGCUGGAUUCCUUAGUGCCAGCAUUGCUUGCAGACAAGAAUCGCAAGUUCAUAUAUGUUGAACAGGCAUUUUUCCAACGGUGGUGGAAUGAGCAGAGCAACAAGAUCAAAAGAAUAGUGAAAAGGCUUGUUAGAUCGGGCCAACUUGAGUUAAUAAAUGGGGGGAUGUGCAUGCAUGAUGAGGCAACUGUGCACUACAUAGACAUGAUCGAUCAAACAACUUUAGGGCACAAGUUUAUAAAAGAAGAGUUUAAUUUGACUCCAAGAAUUGGUUGGCAGAUUGAUCCAUUUGGACAUUCUGCAGUUCAGGCUUACCUGCUGGGGGCAGAGGUUGGAUUCGACUCUUUCUUUUUUGGUCGAAUUGACUAUCAAGACAGGUCUAAAAGGAAGGAUGAGAAGAACCUUGAGGUUGUCUGGCGUGGCUCUAAAAGUCUAGGCUCCUCUGCACAGAUAUUUGCAGGUGCAUUUCCUAAGAAUUAUGAACCUCCAAGUGAUAACUUCUACUUUGAAGUUGAUGAUGCAUCUCCUGUUGUCCAGGAUGACAUCAAUUUGUUUGAUUACAAUGUCCCUGAUCGCGUGGAUGAUUUUGUAUCUGCCGCAAUUUCUCAAGCUAACAUAACUCGGACAAAUCAUGUUAUGUGGACUAUGGGGACAGAUUUCAAAUACCAGUACGCUCACUCGUGGUUUAAGCAGAUGGACAAGUUUAUACAUUACGUGAAUCAAGAUGGGCGUGUGAACGCCUUCUACUCAACACCAUCAAUAUAUACUGAUGCAAAACAUGCAUCAAAAGAGUCAUGGCGACUCAAGACUGAUGACUAUUUCCCAUAUGCAGAUGAUGUAAAUGCUUACUGGACUGGAUACUUUACGAGUAGGCCUUCCUUGAAAGGCUAUGUUAGAGCAAUGAGUGGCUACUAUGUGGCAGCAAGACAACUGGAGUUUCUUAAAGGAAUGAGUAGGGCAGGACCAAAUACAGAUUCUCUUGCUAAUGCAUUAGCAAUUGCCCAACAUCAUGAUGCAGUUGCUGGCACCGCUAAGCAGCAUGUGGCUAAUGAUUAUGCAAAACGGCUGUCAAUAGGAUACAAGGAGGCUGAGAAGGUAGUCAAAGAAUCACUGACCUGCAUAGCAGAGGCAAAACUAGAAAAUGGUUGCAUAAACACAACAGUUGACAAAUUGCAACAGUGUCCCUUGCUGAAUAUAAGCUAUUGUCCUGCAUCAGAAGUUGAUUUGUCAAAUGGAAAAAGCUUGGUGGUGGUUGUCUACAAUUCGUUGGGAUGGAAAAGAGAGAACAUUAUAAGAAUUCCUGUUAUUAAUGACAAAGUUAUUGUCAAGGAUUCUGAAGGAAAUGCAAUUGAAUCACAGCUUUUGCCUCUUUUAAAUGCCUCUGUAAGCAUAAGAAACUACCAUUCAGUGGCAUAUUUGGGUAAUUCUCCAAAUCUGACGCCCAACUACUGGCUAGCAUUUUCAGCAUCAGCACCACCUCUUGGUUUCAGCACGUACAUAAUCUCUGGUGUCACCCCAACUGCCAAACGGACAGCUGCUAUUUCUGAGGUGCAAACAGCACACAGGACAGGAGCUACUCAACAUGAUACAAUUGAAAUAGGGCCAGGCAACUUGAAACUAAUAUAUUCUGGGAAAGAAGGAAAACUGACUCAGUAUAUAAACAGCAGAACCUCGGUUAAAAGAUCUUUGGAACAAUCAUACAGCUAUUACGCCGGAUAUGAAGGAACUGACAAGGAUCCUCAGGCUUCUGGAGCAUACAUCUUCCGCCCGAACGGUACAUAUCCCAUCAACACCACAAAUGGACAGGUUGCUUUCACAGUUUUGCGGGGACCCUUAUUGGAUGAAAUACAUCACCGGAUUAACCCAUGGAUAUACCAGAUAACCAGAGUUUACAGGGGGAAAGAGCAUGCUGAAGUUGAGUUCAUUGUUGGGCCGAUACCAAUUGAUGAUGGAAUUGGCAAAGAGGUUGUAACUAAGAUUACAACAACUCUCAACAACAACAAAACAUUCUAUACAGAUUCAAGUGGGCGUGAUUUCCUAGAAAGGAUUCGAGACUAUAGGAAAGACUGGGACCUCCAAGUGAAUCAACCUAUUGCAGGAAAUUAUUAUCCUAUUAACCUUGGAAUUUUUAUGAAAGACAAAACUUCAGAGUUCUCUAUUUUAGUAGACCGAUCUAUUGGAGGAUCAAGUACUGUGGAUGGGCAAUUGGAACUGAUGCUCCACAGGAGAUUAGUUAAAGAUGAUUCUAGAGGAGUGGGAGAGGCGCUGAAUGAGACAGUGUGUGUUCAGGAUAAAUGCACAGGAUUGACUAUUGUAGGGAAGUACUACUUAAGAAUAGAUCCCUUAAGUGAGGGUGCUAAAUGGCGUCGAACAUAUGGUCAAGAGAUAUAUUCUCCCUUCCUCUUAGCCUUUGCAGAGCAGGAGGGCGACAGUUGGACAAAUUCUCAUGUAACAACCUUUUCUGCCAUGGAUCAUUCCUAUGUUUUACCAGAUAAUGUUGCACUAUUGACCCUCCAGGAACUGGACACUGCAAAAGUUCUAAUUAGGUUCGCACACUUAUACGAGAUUGGAGAGGAUGAGGAAUUGUCAGUCAUGGCAAGUGUAGAGUUGAAAAAGGUGUUUCCAAACAAGAAGAUAAGUAAAGUGACAGAGACAAGUUUAUCUGCCAACCAAGAAAGAGCAGAAAUGGAGAAGAAGAGGCUAGUUUGGAGUGUACAAGGCUCUUCUGGGGACGAAACCAAGGCAGUGAGAGGACGAGGUGUAGAUACAGAAAAACUAGUAGUUGAACUUGCUCCAAUGGAAAUCCGCACUUUCCUUCUAGACUUUUGAUUGAAAAUGAUGAAUCAAAAGAAGCUGUUUAUAUAGCAAGAGCUCUAGUAAAUUGGCUGAUACUGAUAGGAUAUUUUAAUGUCCGUAACUGUAAGUAAGGCAGAUACAGAUCAAUAAAAUUUCAGCUGCUUUCAUCCUUCA